GGCAAUGCCCUCCGAUGUUACUGCUCUGGUGUGCAUGGCGAGAGCUAAAACUACAGAGCGGUAAGACACGAACGUGCCACCGGAAAGAGGCAAGAAAUCUGCGUUCGUGACCUCGUUGCAAGCAGGAGGUGGUUUUUGCAUAAGAGGAAUGGGGAGGGUGCUGGUUUUUUUUUUCUCUUGUGAAAAAGCAUUUCCAAUACGCUCGACAGUUUCUUCUUGCUUUCUUCCUCUGUCCAUCAACACUUGAGGACUUGACAUUGAAAACAUAUAGAAGACCAACAAUCUUGCUGCUUCAUCGCUCAAAUCCAUCAACAUGAAGUCUACAUUCUUCGCAGCAGUUGCCUUUGCAGCUCUUUCAAUGGCAGCACCAAUCACCAAACGACAAUGCUACAUCGACGCCAACGGAGUCCAAAAAUGCGUCUCUACUCCACCUCAAUGCACUUCCCAUCCAGACGGCACCAUCACCUGCAUCUCCCAAGGCUCCUCUUCCUCUUCCGAAGCAGAAAAAGAAGCAGAAGAAGCAGCAACCGAAAACUCAACCCUUCCUCCUACUUAUUCUUCUCCUCCAACAAAAAGACAAUGCUACAUCAACAAAUCCGGUCAACAGACUUGCGUGAAAAAUCCUACGUGUACGACACGCGAGGAUGGGACGGUGGUUUGUGUUUGAUUGAAUGGAUGGAUGCGUGGAUGGAUGGGUGGAGCUAGGCUACUUUAAGGGAGAAAUGGGGAAAGAAAAAAGGGGAAAAAGGGGAAAAGGGAAAAAUGAAAGAGGGGGUUUUUGAUGAAUGACUGAAUGGAUUUAAAAAGUCGAGAAGAAGAAAGAAGAAAGAAGAAAGUCUCAUUGCAUAGAUAAGAAAUUCAGGGGCCGAGGAAGAAAGAGAGACAUGAAAUGCUACCUAUCAUGGCGAUAUAUUUCAAACAUACACAAGGAAGAAGAAGAAGAAUGAUGAUGAUGACGGGGGAAUGGAGGAGCAUAACACAAAAAAAAACUGCAAGCAUACCUACAAUUGCAGAAGGGGGAUUUUUGGGAUGAGAGGUACAGUAUUGGAUGGAAAUCUCGGUGAUUUUUUUGGAUCAUACCUUGUGACUUGGGAGGGAAUGGCCGGAGGGGAAGGCUUGAUUGAUUGAUUGAUUGAUUGAUUGAUUGAUUGGAUCGAGUCGUAAUGAUGAUGAUGAUGAGAUACGAUGAUAUACGAUAAUGAUAUG